AUGACCAGCCUGUUCAGGCGCAGCAGCAGCAAUGGCGGCUCAAGGAGCAGUGGAGGUGGGGGCGGCGGGGGGCAGGGUCAGCUCAACAACAGCAGGCCCAACCGGCAGGUCCGACGCCUGGAGUUCAACCAGGCCAUGGAGGACUUCAAGACCAUGUUCCCUUCUAUGGACUACGAGGUGAUCGAGUGUGUGCUCCGCUCCAACAACGGAGCUGUGGACGCCACUAUCGACCAGCUACUGCAGAUGAGCAUCGACGGACAGGGCUCUGAUGACAGCUCCGACUCAGAUGACAGCAUCCCAGCAGAGGUCAGAGGGGGGUCAAAGGGCACAAAAAACCACAGGGGAGGGAUGUUGUGCAGGUCUGAUGAGCUGGAGACAUACACCCUGCACUUAAGUUACAGGGAUUUCCUGUGAGAUAAGAGAGGAACAGAAAAAGGUGCAAAAACAGCAUCUCUAUGAUCCUUUUAAAGUAUAUUUUUAAUAGUUAAAAAAUAUUUAUUUAUUUUGUUCAAAUGUCCUUCUAUAUAUUCCAAUGUAAACACACAUUUCAAAGAUAUAACAUCUCAGAAUAUAAUGAACAGUAAACAGUGUUUCAGACUAUCUGUAGCCUAAAUUAAAUAAUCCAUAAAGCUUUUACUUAGUUAAUGGUACCGCAAUCUCUUGAUAAUGAUGUGUGGCUAAAGUGGGAGAAAUUUUCUUUUCCAUUAGGCUUUCAAAAAUGUCAGAUUUUCUUGUUCUUAAAUCCUAAAAUGAAUUAUAAAAUAUUUAGAGUAGAGGGGGAUCAAAUAUGUAAGAUGGUGAUGAACAGAUUUAGAGUCUCUGUUGUUGUGACAAAUUACCUUUUAUAUGUUUUACUGAUAAAAGUUUAAACAAAAAUCACUUAUGGACACUGCACUCAAACAAAUCCUUGUAAUUAUUCUCUUAAAACUCUUUUUUUGUGAAGAAAUAUUGUUAUUUUAAGUUUUUUCCCCUUACUGUUACUGUUGCUUGACUAAGCAGGAAAGUUAUCAGCAACACAAAGUUACUGUCAAACUAUAAAAAGAUUUCUGUGCAGUCUGGAUGCUGGUGUUAUUUAUAGAUUUGUCAGACUUUCUUUUUAAGGCUUUGUUUGGCUCUGAUGAGUCACAGCUUUUUUUUCCUUGACAAGAAAACCAGACACACUGAUGAAAUCAUUAAUCGACAGGAGCUGAUGGCCUUGCCCAGAAACCUUUUAAAUAUUUAAUCAGAAGAGAUGGUUAGUGAUGGUUUAGUUUCCACCAGUCAAAGGUAACAUUUCAACAUGUCACUUUUGUCAUUAAAAUGUCAUGGAGAUAGGUUAAAAGAUGAUGGUUGGGUGUGUUAAUGUCUUGGACAAAUGGAGAAGAAAAAAGGUGAAAUAGAUGAAAAUGGGGUGGGGGGCAAAAACUAUAUUUAUGUCAUGUUUAUGUUUAUUUGAUAAACAGUAAAAUGGUUGUUUACAGGGAGAGCUACCUCAAAAUCACUCCCUUGGAAAUCUGAGUGUUUGAAGUAUCUAUAAAUAAUAAAUUAGCUGCAAUUUAAACAUUAAACAUUAAUAAGGCUCACAUCGACUAAACCUGAUAGAUUUUGAAUCCAGAGUCAGUGUAAAGGAAAUUUUGAGAUUUGCUUCAAAACUAAUACAUUUUUGAAGGUUGGAGGUUUUUGGGUGGGGUUGAAAAGGAAGCUUCAUGAUGCAGUGAAGCCUCUUUAGUGUAAUCCCACAUCUUGAAAUGUAACAAUAUCAGAAGUAGAGUUUGUAUUGGCAACUGUGUCUCAUUCUUGAGUUACUGCUCCUGCUUCAGCCAAAUUAUCUUUGCCAGAGUGUACAGUUUGAUGUUACAGAUCAACAAUUACAGCAAUAAAGAUGAAGCUGCAGCUUUACACAGAUUAGAAUCCUAUUACCAAUUACAGCUUGUACUAUGGUAUUCGGCCUGUUCAUCUAGGUUAGGGGUGCCGCCCAUUUUGAGCUCCCUAGCUUACCUAUAAAUGCAGCAAACAGAGGAAUAAACCAGAUAGAGGCUUGCAGAGAAUUUUUGAAAUUAUAAAAAAAAAAAAAAGUAAAUAUACGUCUCUACAAAAGAAGGACCUCUUGUACUGGAACACUGGUACUCCACAGACAUGCCUUUGAUAACUUUGCUGUCCUAAAUGUAUGAGUAUCACCGUAAAAUACCUUUUCAAAUUGCCCUUCUUCAACAAGGCCACACUUGCAUUACAGAUAUCACUCACACCCAUGCCCUGACAGGUUCAUGUUGCUUUAGUAAGCCACGUGCCACAAGAAGCCAAUAGAAAACCUGUGGCUGGUCAAAGUUCUACGAUGCAGCACUGAAGUUUGCCUGAGCGUGUGGUUGUUUUAACGCUCUUGGUAGGAUUUAGCAUGAGUCUUGUUUAUUUAUGCUCAGAGCACAAAGUAUUGAUUGACCUUUUUCCUGAGGACACUGUGGCAAUGUGACUCUGAAGUAAACGGGUCAAAACACAUUGGCAUUGAAUCGGACAUGUUUAUUUUUCUGUGGUAAAGUUGUUAGUGUAUGGACGAACGAAGUACGCUGUUAAUGUUCUGAAAACAAUGUUUUAUUGAACUUUAUGCUCUGAUAGCAAGUCUUCCAAGGAAGGGCCCAAAGUAAUAAAGCAGAAGACUCUGAUUUUAUGAGGAUUUAGUGGUGAUGUAAUUAUUGUGUGUAUUCUAAUGGUGGAACAGUGGAAAAAGAAACUUGGAUUGUUUCUCCACUCCUCACAGUCAACUGUGAAUCAGUCUGCCGUCAACUGGUCCAUCAUUUAUCUCUCAGGCUGAACUGUAGGAAAAGAUUGACACUUGAGCUGCUGGUGGGCAUGGCUUCCACACACCAAGCUAACAUGCCUCCAGCAUCCUUUAAAGACUGCAUUUAAUCUUAACCUGACCAUCAAACUGGAAUGGGGACACAGACAGAAAACGAGGUAUUACAGUAUGUGCACAUUCACUUUGUAAUCUCAGUGCUGUGGACUGUACAGUAAAAGCACAGGCUCUGUACUUGUAAUGAACUGUUGUCCAAACAUCUAGACUCAAUGACAGGAAAGAUCACACCCCUGAACAGUGCACUUCAGAACUGAAACAUGUCGGCUUGAGACCAAAAUAAAUAAGAGAUGAAAGGUGGCCAAAAUACAAAGUCCUGUCUGUCUGCUGGUAACUAACUGGAAUGAAGUCAUGAGGCAUAAAAAUAUUGUGCAAUGUGACAAAGCUUGUCUUUUUUAACUGUUGCUAGAUUUUGGAUCGAACAUUGGAACCGGACAGUUCAGACGAGGAACCACCACCGGUCUACUCCCCACCGACGUAUGACAUGCACAUCUAUGACAGGAAGUACCCGGAUGCCCCGCCCACACCCCCGCCAAGGUAAUGAAGAGGAACUGGACCUUUUGCACAGUGGAACCACAAUCCCUGAUUAUGCAACUAUGGCAUUUUCCAGAUAUUUCGAACACACUUUUUUGUUGUUGUCUUAUUUAACAAAAUAUGCAAAUCUUUGAUUCACCUGAUUUAAGUUUCGACACCCAAACUGUAGUUAUUCCACUUGAAUGUCCCCAUAUUGGCCACAUGAUACACAAAUUAGCAAUUUGAGAUGUGUGCAUGUGCAAUAAUCACAUACACAUUACAUGCAAUUUCAAUCAUGACUUGAAAUGUGUCAUGCACAUACUUUUUUGGUUGUUUGGUGGAAACUGAAACUACCCAUUUCCCUUUUUCUAUAACUGUUCUGGCCCCACAUGUAAGUGUAGGAAUACCAAUAUAUAUUGGUAUUUUCAUAGCAUGAAUCUGUCACAAACUGUGCAAGUGGCUCAUUCACCUCUAAGCACUCUGUGUCUGGUUAUGAAAAAAGGUUUGUGAGUAGAGACCUCCCGACUCAAGCCCUUAGUUGGUUACUAAAAAGUUGUACCAGUAAAUAUUUAAUAGUCAUUAAAGAUAGCUGGAUAUGAGUUUAUAAUGUACAUAAUGCAGGUGAUUGAAUUAGUAAUCAUUCUUGUAUCUCCGUGACCUCUCACAGAUUUGAAGCCGAACCACCUCCAGGUCACCAGCAGGUCAGAAGUUACCGAAACUGGAACCCUCCUUUGCUCGGGAACCUCCCUGAUGAUUUUCUGCGAAUCCUGCCACAGCAGCUAGACAGUAUUAAGGUAAAAUAAUAAGAUUACUUUGUCAGGUUCAUACUUCUCUGCGUAAUUUACUAAUUACACUAAAACUGAGACUAACAGUUGAACGGACCAGAGAAUACAACUCAUUGAUCCAGACAUCUGGAGGAAGAAUCUAGUUCUGAUUUGAAUCUGGUGGUUUCUUGAGUUCUUAACCAUCCUGCAAACAGAGCAGUGGACAUUAAAACGUUUGUCCUCUCCUGCCUUUUCCUCCUCAGAGCUCCCAGAGCAGUCUCUCUCAGCCUUCAUCCUCCUCCUCCUCCUCAGUUUCUUCAGCAAGCCAAUGGACAGCUGGGUCUGGUUCUCUGUCUGGAGCUGCAGGCACCACAGGAGGUCCAGGUCUGAACUCAGGAGCCACAGAACAAGACAAGAAACUGAAGCAGUACCUGGAAGAUGAAAGGAUCGCCCUGUUUCUACAGAACGAGGAGUUUAUGAGGGAGCUGCAGCGCAACCGCGAGUUCCUCAUCGCCUUAGAAAGAGGUACGACUACAGGAAUUUGACCAAUUAUAUUAGGAGAAUAUCUGCUCAUUGGGUUAAUGCCCUAAGUGUUGUUACAAGUUUUGUAUUCAGUAAUGCGUAGAUUUCGAAAACAUUCAAACAUUGAAUUGUUGCUGUUAAGAUUUUGACAUGUGAAAGGUUUUCUGUGGAGUUUUUCCAGAUUAAUUUCUCAAGCUGGAAACUGUUUAAAAUAUGUUCCUGGUGUGAGAUACACACAAUGUAUUUUGGUGGGAAAACCAAAACUCCCCAGGCUACCUUUUUGAAAAUAAUAGAUUUUUUUUGUUCAGUUAAUGCCAUAAUUUGCCUUGAUACUCAAGUCCUAUGCUCGUCUCUGGAAUUAAUUUUGUCCAAGUAGUGAAACUAUAAUGUGUUAUUCAUGAACCAUCCAGUGCAAUCAGCAACCCACAGCUACAGACACAAGUUGAAAUUAGAGCUAAAAUGUAACAAGCAAAUUCUAGAUUUUGAGUCAACUUUCCUGAUCAAAUGAUUUCCUCAAAUUACGGUGUUACGUGUGCACCAAGCAAAAACCGCUUGUACAAAAAAAAAACAACAACAUGGCAGUUCCUUGAGUGUCCACUUGAGCCUAAGUCCUAACAGAGUCAGUUCCCAUAAACCUUGUGUUAAAAUGUCCAACUUAAGAGCAGAACUAAACAUACAAAAGUUUAGCAGAUUCAGUUUGCUUGAUUUCAGACACUUCUGCCUCAUAAAUUUUCUUUAUUUCAACACUAAUUUAGCUUUUUACGUUUUGCUCUGUCCUGUGAAGCAGUGUUGGUAGUUUUGGAUUGCUUUUGUUUGUCUUGGUUGUACAUUUCUCCUCUUUACUUGGACAAAAUUAAUUCCAUGUGUCUCCAUUUUUCAUAGUCUAACAUCCCCCAGCUUACGAUCAAGGCUCUCGUGCUUUCAUUGUUUUUGAAGUCUCAGCUAAGAGUUUAAGCUUGACAUGAAUUUGUAUUUGCCUCAACUCCAAUUCUUGAAAAGUUUGUAACCAGAAUAUUUGACCGGUUUCUAAUUUUACUCUGAUGAAGUAAACAAUGUCCGUUCUUCUGUUCAAAGCUUUAAACUGGUCAUAAUGAUCCCAUAAUUCCAGAUCUCAUCACAUCAGUGUUCAUAACAUCUGCUCUCUGUUUUUAGAUCGCUUGAAGUAUGAGUCAAAGAAAUCAAAGUCCAAUCAUUCAUCUAGCAUGGAGAGUUCCACAGGUAGAUAUCACUCAUCAAGCUUCCUCUGUUCAGCUGUUUGCUCUCUGAACUCUACUGAAUACUGGUCUGUGUGUGUGUCUACACAUUCACUGUGAUAACUGUGGGUUUGUCUAUAGAUAUCAUACUAUAAAAACCUGUACAGGUGGCGUGUUUGUGUUCAUGUGCAUACUGUAAGUGUGCAUUGUGUUAGUGCUGCUGUGUCUGUGUGCAGGGGAACAGUACUCUGCAGCUUCAAUGGACGCCGUCUCAGAUGACGCCAUGUUCAGGGACAAACUCAAACACAUGGGAAAAUGUAAGCUCAUUGAUUUUAUGAAUACCUGCAUCAGCUUUUAUGGAGAACCCCUUUAGUUUCAAGCCUCUGUCCUUUCUUUUACAUGUGUUGAUCUCCAUAAUUUAGUUUUGGAAUUGCUCCAGCAGUUUAGCUUCAGUUGGCAGUAGUGAAACAGACGGUAAUGGCUGCAGGAAGAAAGUGCAACCACUUAAAGUUGUCUUUUUUUCACAAGAAACAGCAGCUGUUUCAGUCUUUACGAAGAAACCAAAGUAAAUUUUUUAAAUCAACAAUAUGACCGAGGAGAAAACUGGAUUUUCUGCAUUGCCACUACUUUAGUUGUGUUACUUCAAGUUAGUCAAUAUUGGGUUGUAUUCAGAUCAACUGUUAACAACACUGAAGACUCAAAACAGAACAUACAAGUUAACUAUCAGAGGCAGAGGUAGGCCAGUUGAAAACUUGUUUUUUCUUGUGAAGGUAGUCUUCUGUUUGUUUCACUGCUGGAAGAGAUGCUAAAGAAAUCUGCAGCUGCUCCAAAACAUUUUGUCCUUUGUAGCAAAUGAGACCGAAAAACGUAUAAAAAAAAUACAGACCUCAGGCUUAUGAACAGCGUAGUUAUAAUCAAGAGUUAUCAAAUGAUGUUGUUGAGUUAUAACAGUUGUUAAUGUACUUAUGUUUUCUGAUCCCCAGCUACAAGAAAGAAGCUGUUUGAAAUUGCAAGAACGUUCUCAGAGAAGACAAAAAGGAGAAAGUCAAAAAGGAGGACGCUCUUGAAACACCAUUCGUAUCCUUUGCUCCACAUUUGUCCGAUGAUGUGACUGAAUAUCCUGUGUUGAAGUUCUUAGAGUCGUGUUGGGCAGUGUUGCAAUGGUUAGCACUGUGGCCUCACAGCGAGAAAGCUCCUGGCUGAAAUUCCCAGCUAAGAACAGGUGCGUUUCUGUGAGGAGUUUGCAUGUUCUCCCUAUGCAUAUGUGGUCUCUCUCUAGGUAUCCCAGCUUCACUCAGAAGUCCAAAGACAGUAUGGUUUGGUAAUUGGUGACAUGCAGAGCCACCUGCAGAAGCCACAGUAAUGUUUACCAUGUAACGGUGUAAAAAAGCAGCAUGACUUUUUUUUACGAUGAUUGUGAGAUUGAGCUUUGAUUUCUUGACUGAGCCUCUACCCAGACUGGGCACCACCAACUCUACAGCCAACCUCCUAGACGAUGUGGAGGGAAAUCCUUGUGGUAAGUACCAAGCAUCACCCACACCUGGAACAACAUGUUGGCUCGGGAUUUACUGAGUUGCUAAAAGGUUAGGUGUUUUCUUUUGUUGGGUCAUGAAGGCCACACAGAGCAGCUUAAUCCUCAAUCAGGACUUUUUAUCCACUGUCUCCAUCAGCCAGCAGAUUCAAACAAUUGACCAACAAAAUUGUUCAGUUUUAAGUAAUAAAAUGAGAAGUGCAGCUACUUAAAGCUCAAUAAGACAACAAACUCUGCAGCAGGAUGAAUCAGGAAAAGAUAUAAAGCAUCAUUUCAGAACCAUAAACGUUGACACAUUAUAUAAACUGCCUUUUCUGAGUCUGAUGUGCCAAAAACUUUGAGAUGAUACAGCCUAGUCUCUUUUUUAUCAGCUGUGUACGUCAUUGAGACUAAUUUUAGGUUCUUCUUUCUUUCCUGUGUGCAGUCGCAGCCUAAUUUUAUUUAUAUCCCUCUAUGUGACUGUGGCAACGUGUUGGCUUCAAACCACCCACUGAAAAUGCAACCUUUUUUCAUCAAUGGACUUAUUUGAUGUGAAAACCAAAAGGCUAGUCACUGAAUCAGCUGCUUUUGUAGUUUCAUGUUUUCAUUCCUGCCACACAAAAGAAGACUUUCAAAAGAAUAAGGCCUGACUGUCUCUCAAAUCUACAGAGCCUCUUUCACACAUGCACCUUUGUUUGUUUGUUUGUUUGUUUGUUUGUUUGUUUGAUUGUUUGUUUUUUAAGUUUCUCAGCAGCUCUGGUCUGAAAUGAUCCAAAGUUGUUUAUUCCACAUAAGUUCACAUAAGCAGGCUUUUGGUCUGAGAUAAUAUCCAAUAUAAAAUUUGCACCAUAACAAUAAAGAAGACAACUCCAUAACUCUUCAGUCUUAUACAUGAGUAAAUGGUUAUACUAAUACUGGUAAGUCUAAGUUGGUACUGGCCAAAUCAGCUAUCAAAAAAGUCAACUCUGGCUCACGCAUGCAAAUAAAGCUCACUCUGUUUCAAGCAUUUCAAUAUUUUUCUUUUUUCUUUCAGAAGAAGAUGGUCGGCCCAAAAGAGUAAACACUCAGGAAGAGAAUGAACAACGUAAUGAGCCAUUAUCAUGGUAAGUUCCUCCUCUGUGCUCCUGGGGGUCAGCUUUGAAUCAAUCCUUCAUAUUAGUUCUGCAAAAAGGAUCCAAAAAACUGGAGGGUAUCAUUUUGGCUACAUCUAAUAUGCUUACUUCUUAUGGGGUUUGACUUAUUUGAGGAACCAACCUCUAGUAUCAAUUUGGGUGACUGCAGUUUUUCUCCAUUUAUAUUUCUGAAGGUCUUUUUUCUAGGCUGGCUCUCUGUUGAAACCUACGAUAAAUCUUUAAUAAAUUAUUAAAAUACAGCGUACGUAAUACUUUCGCUCUCCCCACCUCCACACUUUGUUCCCCAAAUUGUCACGUAACUUCCCAGUCACAUCACCUUCCUCCUGUCUCAUCACUAGUGACUUGAAAUAUUUCCUCACAAAUCAUACAAAACAUCAGCCUGAAGAAUAUUGUGAGAUUAACAGGAUCAUUAAAAGAACAAUAGUGGAUAUUUAAAGUAAUGUGUUAUACUCAGGAGCACUCACUGAUAAACUGUGACCCGAUCUUCCUGCAUAUAGUGAAGAUGUGAAGAAGCUCUGUUUGGUUGUUAGCAGCUUACGAAGCAAGAGAUGCAAAAAAGGUUGUUGUUGUUGUUGUUUUUAUCAGACCCAAAAAGAUACCCACCAUGCCCAUUCUUUUAGCUAAGCUUGAUGACUCUCUUAUGAUGUACCUUUCAUUGUUCUUUAUUUGACCUUUUAUAGGCAUUAUGUAUCUUUUAAUAAAACACAUAUCGUGAUGAAUCAUUGUGUGAUUGUUCUACAGUUUAUCAGUUAUCAAAGAGUCACUGUAUUAUGAAGUUAUUGUUUAGAAGAACUUUUUUUUUCAAUGUACCAGACUGUCUUAUUCGAACAAAAAUAUCCUGAUAGCUUCCUCUAAGCAUCUAAAAAUAAAAUGCUCUCUUUUUGAGUGUAUCAAACAUCAGAAGCCGCCGAAAGAUCAACAGAAAACAUCUCCUGAUCACUCAGUCUCUCCUCUGAAUUCCAGAUUCUCCGGUGCUGCUCCAUAUCAGGGUUACCAUGGCGACGGCAGCAUGACCCAUGGGCGGCGGCCUUGCAGCUCUUCCUGUCCCCUCCUGGUCCCCCCCCUCCCCCCUUUAACCCAGACUGGCCGGUGUAAGGCUCCCCUCCCUCUCCCUGAGAGAGGAUGUGGACUGUUCCCAGCACUGUAAAUGUAUACUCUCUGUAUGAUAACACUCUGUUAUAUAUAUAAUUUUAAUGUAAAUGCAUUAGUCCUGACAGUAUUUGUUAUAACAGCUUCCUUUAGACGGAGAGGAGCACAGGUGUAGUCAUGUGACUCUCUCAGUAGCAGACUGUGAGCCUCUGAUUGGCUCCCUCAGGCCGGGCAGCUCAGAGUGCACACGCCCCUUUAUAUACACUAAACCAUGUAGAGCUUUUAUACCAUGUUUUCUUAUUAAUAAUCAGAUUGUAAUAUUUUGCUCUUUUUGAACGUCAGGGGUUGUGUAACUGACUUAUGUGUCCGAACUCUGUGGCCAUUAAAGCUGUGGCUGCACAAACAUGAUAACCAGCUGAUCACAUUUAAAGGAGCAGAUGAUCCACAGAAAUCCGGUUUGUUUGGCCGGGUGAGAAACAGCCAUUGUUCAGUAGCACAGGUGCACAGAUAGAAACUGAGAUCGGAGAUGUUUUUAGACCUGGAGCAGUCAUCAGACUGAAAGGAAACUGAUCCCAAUGAGUAAAUCCUGGAUUUUCAAGGUUAAUUGUAUUGCCAGGGUGUGUCAUAAGAUCCAGAUAUGAUUCAAUCAUGUUUUUUUUUCCACAUAGAAUGAGCUGAGUUAGUAUUUUUCUUAAAUAGUCGGACGUCUCCCAAAAAAAAGGAUAAACAUCUCUGCUUGAAAGUAGCUCUUGUUCUGAGGCUGUGUAAAAUAUGCUUUCUAACUUUAAUUUAUAUUUGUCAGUAUAAAGUUUUGAAUUCCUAGUGGUUAUUUCAACAUGACAUUUAAAACGGAUCUGGUUAUUGAGUACAUUAAAAAAGAAACCCUUGCUAAAAAUAGAAAAUAUGGCCCCAUAAUCAAAGAGGUACCAAUAGACUAAGGACUAAUCCCAUUAAAGAAUUGCCAUGAAAGAAAAAGAAAUUUUUUCUCCGUAAAUUACAGACAGGGGAGAUUCACGUAAAGAGUUAUUUGAGGUGAUGCUAGUCCUGUUGUUAAAUAGACUGUUUUCUUUAUGAACAACAGACAUAGCAGAUACUUGCUAGGUUGAAAUCAAAUAAAAACAUGUAUAAAUGUAAUUACAGGAGGCCCUCAGGUUAUCCCAGAUCUGUUUGAGUAGAGAUUUAGUUUCAAAGGAGAAAACACUGAGAGAGGCAAACAAAAUUACCCUCUUAAAUGUGGUUUUUUGUAGGGUGUGUCAAACUCAGGCUUGUAAACAAACAGAUACAUACAAGCGUUCACUUGUCUCUACUGCAGUCCAUUCUUCCUGAUUAAUCACAAUCCUUUGAAAGAAAAUUAUGGGAUUGAUUUUUUGUUGUAUUAUAGGAGCCUCGUGGUUGUAAAGUAGUAAGAUGGAAUUGAAGCUGACAGGUUGUUCAAAAGAGGACAGGGUCAAAAAUCAGAUCAGGUCGGUUAAUCCAGUCAGGGUCUUUAAGAGGAUCAAACCUCCAGUUUGUGUUGCAGAGAACUUUUAAAUAGGAUCAUGUUAACUUUGAUCUCACUCUCAAAAAUCCCCAGGAUUAUCCUGAUCACCACAGAGGGUUGGAUUACAGAAACUAAAUGGAAUUAAGGUUUAAAUUACUGUUAAAUACAACUUUUAAAAAUGAAUUAUUUUUGAUUUCUUUCGAAUUGCUUAAUCUCUUCAGUCACCAGGUGAAAGUAGAUAUCGGGGUUGUGAAAACUUUUAAGAUUUUAAAAUAAAUCAUUACUGACAGAAACAUGGCAGAGUUGAUGUUUUGACAUAAACAUGCAGCAUAAAACCUCAAAUUGAUCUCCUCCAGAAGUCCACAUCUACCUCCUUUUAUCAAUAAACUCUUGGAUUUUGAAGGUCAUGUCCUGUUGGUUUAGCUUAUAUUUCAGAGAUACAGUUGUACCUGUGGUUUUAUUAAGAAUAGGUACUAUUCUCACCUGGCCUGUUAAACUAGGGUCUGAAUCAGCCGCUUCUUUUGCAGCUUCACUUCACUCUCUGCUGAUAAUCUGCCAGCUCUCCAAACGCCUGCACUCAAACUUUUCUAGAUUUGUGCAGAACGUUCUGGAAAUAAUUAAUAUCACUCGUUCUACAUUGCCAUAUCUCAGCUCAUCAUGCCGUGUCGGAAAACCAGUGUUAAUGCCGUAAACAGUUCAACAUGAACAAUGGAUGUGUGUGUGUCUGCAAGGAUAAAGAAGCUUCUGAUCGGACGAUUGCCUCAUGAAUACUAGAUCUGGAUAGAUGAAAGUGAUGAUGUACAAAAAACGAAGUGUGGUUUUCCAUCUUUUGUACUGCUCUUUCUGUUUGUUUGUGUCAAUGUGAAACUAGCAUGGAGUCAAGAUGUAGUAACAGUCUGAUGUAGCUUGUGUGAACACAAAUGUGUUAACAGAGGAGGAACAAAAAAAGUCUGUCUUUGUGGGUAUAAGUAAGUUUACAAUGAGAGGGUUUCAAGAAAAAAACUGCCUGAUUUUAAGCUUUAGAAAAAUUAGAUGAGUUAACUUUCUCCCUUUGUGAAUAAAGUGUUUUUUAUCACUUCAGAAAAACUUGUCAGAUCCUCUUUAUUCUCUGUUUUCUACCUUGAUUUCAGUGGUUUCAUUGUCAUUGCAUCUCCAACAUAAUCGAUUCAGUGCAAGUGCAGAUUGUUAGAAUAAAGGUUAUUUUUGGCUUAGUGGGUUAGUCUGAGUUUGAGAAAAGUUGUAGAGAAGCAGUAUGUAUCACCUAUAACACCUUUUUAACUCAUUCAAAUUCUGAAAUGUAGACAAUACGCUUAAAGUGAUGGGUAAGAAAAAGCUGAACUAGCUUGAGAAGAAAUUUUAAAUGUUUUAAAAGGUAAAGUAACUUCUGCAGGGUAAACUAUUAAGCAAGUUAUUUGAAAGUGGAAAUGUGAAGUUGAACCUGUUUGCUAAAAGCAGAAUACUCUGACCCUUGCUGAGAAAUAGGUGUAGGCUUGUUGUUUCUGGACCAAGACAGUCCUCACCUGAUAAGACUCCACCAGACCUCUGAAUGGGUUGUGGUAUCUGGCACCUAGAUGUUAGUAUCAGGUCCUUUUAAAGUCCAAUGGGAAGUUUCAGCAUUCUGCAAUAAUUUGGAGUACGAUGCCAUUUGCUGGUGUUGGUUGAGAAAGAACAUUGUGUAAAUAUUUUUUAACUUCUUAAAAAAAUUCUGCAUGUUGACUCUUAUGUCAACAUGAAGUUAAUCUUCAAAGUCUUUGGUCUUUUGUUGCUUUUAAAAGAACAUUUAACUUUGCAUAAUCGUAUUGCGUAUCAAGUUAUAAAGAAGACAAUUAGAUAAGAUUAGAUAAGAUUAGAUUAGAUUCCCUUCAAACAACUAAAAUUGGACAUGAAUAGAGAAAGAAAAUUCAUGUCCAAAAGACACUCGUGACAUUGACACAAGUUUGCCAACAGGAGUCAAGACUACCUGAAUUGAAAUCUGUUCUUUCUUUUUAGUGUAUGACCCUAACCGAGGAUCAGUGUUUCAGGGUCAUUGAUACUCAGUCUUUAUUGCUCUCUCCUUUCAGGGAGCCCCUAUGCCCUCAUUCUCCUCACAAAUCAUCUACAACCACAGCUCUUUAUUCCAAGAAAAAUGUGUAAAUUCUUCUUGCUGUUUCAUAAAAUUUAUUGAAAGUACGGUCUAGGUUAUUUAAUUGAAUAAAAGCUUUUUUGUUUACCUUCAGUAAAAGGUAUUUUCAUUUCACUGUUCUUUAUAAAGAGGUCCAAUCUUUUUUUUGAAUCGGUGGCGGGAUAUCUACUUCCAUCAAUCCAUCCAUUUCCUACCGCUUAUCUCAUUAGGGGGUGGCUAGGGGACUGGACCCAAUCUCAGUGUCUUGGGGCAAAGGCAGGGGACACCCUGGACAAGUUGCCAGUUUAUCGCAGGGCUUGAUAUCUACUGAAUUUUACAAAAUUAUAACUGCCAACAGAAAGCUACUGUUAAAAUUGAAGUUUAAAAAUUUCAACAAAAUUUUAUUUACUGGACAGAGGUUAUUCUGUAGCACCAAUUGGGUAUUUCUUCAAAUAUUGGCCUAAAUAAAAUAUCAACAUAAAGUAGUGUCUGCAGACAAAACAUUAAGAACAUAACUUCAUAUUGUUGUUAUUCAAUAUGUAUUCAAUAAAAACAAAACAAAAUUCUAUUUUAAGUUUUGUAAAGUAGUUUUUAGUUUUUAAAAGAUAUUGACAAAAAGGGGACAAGAAAAACAUCAAAAAUCACAAUAUUGAAAAAUAUUUAGAGGUGUAAUUUUCUUGCACAGAGGAAAGUUUUUAAAGAUGUUAUAAUGUGGCUGCAGUCAGAUAAUCAUUGGGGAUUAAAUAAAGAGAAAAAAUAAUCUUCAACAUAAGAAGAGGACACCUAAUACAAUGGAGACUGAUCAAAUCAUCUUUACCGAUAUUAGUUAAUUUAUUGUCUUGUUUACUUAUAUGAAUAAUUUUAAUUUAAUUUGAUCAAAUGUGAUUUAGUUGCCUUGAAUGCAUCUGGAAAAUGCCCAAGAAUAAAGGCACGUUUAAUUUGUCCACUAGGUGGCAGUAAAAUUCCAUUUUCUGGUUUUGGUUGCAGAAGGAAGCGGAAGAACAGUAUUCCAACGUUGAAAAAAAGAAAAAAAUCUGGGGGGAGGUGUUUAUAGUAUCGCCAUGACAACCCCUAUGACGUUUAAUAACGCUCCUCCCCCUGUUUGACGGUCACGUACCUCCUUCAACAGAAAAUAGCUCGGUAUCAUUCGGUCUGAAGCCAUUAUUUGAACGACGUUAUCCUGUGUGCCACUGUAAAAUACUAAGAUAAACGAGUUGGAUAUCUCUUAGCAGAAGCCUAGCGGAAAAAAAUAUAGAAUUUAACUGAACUGUUAUUCUUUUGCCGAAUAAGUCAAAGAAAAGAGAUUUACAUCAGUCGGACGUUGAGCUUGGCGGAGGAAUACAGUAGACUGAAGUUGUUAGUCAUCAGAAGAGGAAACAGGCGUUUGAUUCCGCACUAUUUCUUCAUUUCCUUGUCGUCUUACAGUACGGUGCUCGGCUUAUUUUCUCCCAGGUCUGUGUCUUUAUUUAGAUGGCAAGCUUCCCAGACUCUGUACAAGAAAAUGAUAUAGGUAAGUGAACACAUGUAUACGUUUUUAUGUAAAAAUUAUAUGUAGGUAGAUAGGUCCUCAUGUGAGUAUGACGCUCGUGUUUGCUUAACCGUUUCAUGUCCGAUCAAAGUUAACCUCUAAUUAACGGUUCUUUGUGAGAUACACCAAUGUAAUAAAAAACCACUCAUUACAUAUAUUGUAAACCAGCUUUAAUGGUUUAUCUCGUUAAUAUAUUACAAUGUGGUGGUCUAUAUUGAGCGUUCGUGGACGUAAGGUGGAGUGACAGCAUAUUAGCUAAUUUAGGCUAUUCGACAUUAUUAUAUCAAGCUUGAUUUGAACGUUUGUGUUAUGUAAUGGUGUUGUAUUUUGUGCCCUGCAGUAUAUGAAACCCAAACCAUACCACUGGGUUUAGCAUUACACCCAGCGUUGGGUUCUGUAUGUCUGAGGCGGAAUGUCUGACACGGUGCGCCCUGCCCCAACACAGGGCACACUGUUUGGUUAUUAUGCCUACUGUAAUUGUCAAACUUCAGCUGGGGUGUUAUCGUGCAGUGUGGUCAACAUGCUAAUUCGUUGUAAUUUUACUCCAAACGCUCAACGAUAGAGAUAGCAAAUGAGUUUCUUGGCUGUCUUGCAGCGAAGACUCUUCCCUCCCCCACAGCUGCAGCCAGUGAUUCAUAGCGUUGCUUCAUUCAGGAGACGUGAGUUACGUGCCGAACGUCACAGUGCAUAGUUACCCUCUGUCUGUACAUGAACUUUAAUUCACAGAUAUUUUGUAGUAGGGUUUAAGUGCCAUUUAGGUGUCCAAGUGUUAUAUACUGUGAAUCAAUAUCAAGUUGGAGGUUCAGCAUUGCACGAGCUUAUCUUAAAAAGUGCAAAAGGGAGGUGCUGAAAUAAAUAUGAUUAAAAAGAUCUCUAUGUAAUCGCUUAAUGUAUACAUGAACUAUUUGUAUUUUAAAAUAGGGAAUCUUUACAAAUAGCAGAUGUACUUAAACUCUUAAUAAAAUUACAUUAUGGUUGUUAAACUUUAUUUAGCUGCUGCAUGGUACCCCCUUUGUUUCACCAGUUCAGCUCCUAAAUAAAUCCCUGUUAAAUUCUUUUAAUGGAUUUGAGCCAUUACUAAAGCGGACAUGAAUUCUCUGAUUUUAGCUUCUCAAAUUGGAGUGGAUUCUUGUUUCUUUUCCUUUUCAUGACAGUUAACUAACUGAAUGUCCAUGGGAUAUGACAAAAGCCAAAUAUACAGAGAUAUAUACAGCCAUUUUCUGACUCUUUAUAUACCACUAAAACAGUAACGUCACUGACAAAAUAGAGUUUUGAUUAAUUUACAAGAAAAGUAAUCGGAAGUUUCAGCUUUAUAUGCUUUAACUCUCUCCUUGACUCCCCUCAAACUUUACUGUAAUGUGGAAAUUAUAGAAGACAGAAUCUAUCAAGUCCUGUACAAAAAAGGAGUUGUGUAGCAUGUAGAGGGCCAAGAGUCCCAGAACCAAUAGUGUAUGUAUAAAUGUAAGCUCACGUGCUGCCAGGUCACACCUUCUGCAAUUUAGUAACUGGCUUGAUUCCAUCUAAAUUGCACAGGAAGUUGUGUUGUAAUAAUGCUGAUAUUCCUGUUCACCAAGGAGAAAUUCUUUUCCUCUGAUUAUUUGAGCUCCAGAGGCAAGAAUCCAGUGCAAAGAGAAGUCAGCCGUGGAGUGAGAAGGGGAAUAAAUAAAGUUGUCAUCAUAAAAGUUACUGUAAUGAUAGUCCCUCACGUUUCAAAUCGCAGAGAAAUGUUUUGCCUUUAUUUGGUGUUACACCCACUGCUUGAUUGGCCAAUCAGACUCCUGCAUAAGUGCCAGACCCUCCACUUGGUCAGUGCGUCAGAGACCGUCAGAAAAGACGCCCCUUUACGAUGAUUUGGGUCUGCAUGUGUUUGUCUUGAAGUUAAUGAUCAACCUUAUAGAUUAGUCAGGUUGAUGUAACCAGAUUUUUCUUCUUUUCCAGGUAAGGCUAAGUUCAUUGGUGAACUCCAGGUGCCUGUUGCUCCCUUUGACCAGAAAUCUGGGCGCGAGGCCUGGACUGUUGCCUUCGCACCCAAUGGUUCCUACUUUGCUUGGUCUCUGGGGCACCGCAUUGUGAGGCUCAUUCCUUGGACACAAUGCCUGAAGAACUUGUAAGUAUUCUGGCAAAAUAAACUCAUAUUUAUUUUGCAGGGCUAUGAAACACAGCAGAAACACCUCAAAGUAUUACCAUUUAAGACUUAUUUUUGUUAUACUCCAACAUUGUGUUGGUUUCAGAAACCAUGAGACCCCCAGCAACAUGUUUAGAACUGAACUCUGGUCAGCUGACUGUAUCACCCUCAAAUGAUCAUGUAUCAGCCUCCAACCAGAGAAAACACUUCAGACAAAACAAAACAAGCCAACCAUUCUGAAUGUACAAAUUCAUUUCUCUCAUUUUAUAAAAAGAAAAAAACUUGAAUGACAAAAAAGAAGAAAAGCUGUUGGACUUGUAUAUCCAUUGUCAGAACUCAGCAGACUGAAAAGCACCUUGCAGAAACUUGGCAUUGCAUCAGCGUCUCUCAUUUAUAUAAGUCCGUAACAUUAGAGGUGUGGAGGGUUUGUUCAAAGACUGAUGCUUGAUUUGUGGCUUAAUUAAAUUCUGGAAAUGAAACGGUGAACGUUUUAAAACUAUUCCAAAAUCAACAAAUAAAUGUCAACUUCUGUCUUAGUGUUAUAAAUACUGGAUGAAAAUGCCAAUUUAUGUAGAAUGUCCUCAGGCUUAACUGCUAUGUCAGAAAUAUUUCUGUGUUUAAAUAGCUCUUGACCUAUUUCAGGGUUUUUGUAUAUUAGUAAGUCUAUAAUUUUCUUAGACUUCUGUUGUUUAUUGUUCGUCUUUAGGGGACAAAGUGGCCUAGUUUGGAGAAGUUUUGUUGAAUGGGAACUGAUGUGAUUACUAUAACUCUCAAGGCACCUAGUUUUCUCUCUCGACUCUCCAACCUUUCUGUCCUGCCAGCUUGAUAAACCCCAGGUUACUUUCUCAACUACUGCAGAUCAACUAUACAGGACAAUCAAUGCAAUCCCAUGAAUUCAGAAUAUAUAUGUUCACAGGCCUGCACAGCUGCUUGUAGACAAUUUUUCAGACUUUCUGCUGUGACAGAGUCAAGACCCUGCCUGUCUGCAGUUUGGUGAUGAACCAGUUGAGUUAUGUAAACUAGGAAUUUUCCUCCAAACUUAACAGGAAUCUGAAUUAGAAAGUCUUGGGUGUUAUGUAAGUGGCUGACCUGUUUUUUACAUGGGGGGAAGUGAAGUAAAUUAGACCCUCGAAAGAGUCCCCUCAGUUUUACUUCUGGCUUCUGGUUGUGUAUAUUUACUGCAUUAGAUAUAGUGUAGCACGAGCAGCUGGAUGAUAUAUUGUUUAAUUUAAUUGCAUUAAUUUUAAUUGUUUUUAUCUUACCCUGUAGCACUUUGAAAUUGUGAAAAUGUAAAGUGCAAUACAAUUUAGAUUUACAGUUACUUAUUAUUAUACCAAUAAUGCGUUCUGUUAGUCUUAUGAAGAGUUUCAAAGAAAGAAGCUGUGAAGCUGCUGAAAAGAGUUAAAUCCAAAGUUACACUGCAUGAAUUCAAAACUUACCUUAAAGGCACAGUUUGUUGAAUUUAGUGACAUUUAGUCUGUUUAAAUUGCAGUUCAGUCACCUUUGAAUACAAACAAUGUUGUUUUUGUGAACUUGGAAAGAACCUUUUAUAUCUAUUCGGGGAUGGGUCCAGCAAAUGUGUAAGUCCGCUGUCGCUUCACCGACAGUAGGGGUGAGUGAGGGAGUAUUUGAGUCUAGAAACUCACCAUAAGAUAACACUUAACAUUUUAAUUCCUGAACACCAUACCUUGAAAAGUUGCGCAGACCUCGUAGAACACAAGUUACGUAAGGAGUGUUGACAUUUGGGGAACCCGUGAUCUUUCCAUCAGUUUACCGUUCAUCAGGUUCCUUCCACACCCCAAGCACAAACACAAGGAGGUUCUGCUCAGUGCAGAGGACACGUGGCCCGUAUUAUCAGCUCCUUUUCUGCUCAACAGGUUCUUUUUUCCCUCUCAGAGUGGCCUUGUGACUCCCAGAGCCGCACUUUGAAACUGUCUGUAGAACAAGUGCUUUUUGUUCCCAGACAUCAGGCAGUGGCUGCUGAGCUGCUGUUUUCCUGCAGUGCCAACAGAUACUUAACAUCACAGCUGACUGAUUCCUCUGUGCAAACACAGCCAGAGUUUUGAAUGGGCCGGGGUAGAUUUGCUUCACUAGUGAUAAUGUUUUGAUUAAAAAGAAUUCAGACUAAUCCAGCAGGUAAAGACACAUUCUGCUGUGUAGACCAGGUCUUAAUACUGCAUAGUGGACUAACAGAAGCAGAAACCAGCCUCCCCUCUGUGUGCAGCUGCAACACAUCCUCAGAGUAAACAGUGUUACCUCUCUGAGCGCCGCAGUGGAAAAAACCCUGAGCUGUCUCUUGCUGACCUCCUUCUGUCUCUGUAUUUGUCCCUGUAGUUCUCUGGGUCAGGGCGAAGAGGGCACCAAUCCAUCCAGCCCUCGGCAUCUGUCCCGUCAGAACAGCAACGGAGGGCAGAUCGUCCCAUCAGCCGGCGAGCCCCGCGAACACACCAUCGACUGCGGUGACAUCGUGUGGGGGCUGGCAUUUGGCUCGUCCGUGCCAGAGAAGCAAAGCCGCUGCGUGAACAUCGAAUGGCACCGCUUCAAGUUCGGCCAGGACCAGCUGCUGCUCGCAACGGGCCUCAACAAUGGUCGCAUCAAGAUCUGGGAUGUGUACACUGGUGAGGAUGACACACCCUUUAUACACUCAAAUAAGUUGGUGGUUAAUCCAAAUGACUGUUAAUAAACAAUCAAAUGGCUCUUUGCAGGAAAACUGUUGCUGAAUCUGAUGGACCACACUGAUGUGGUUCGAGACUUGACCUUUGCUCCAGAUGGCAGCCUCAUGCUGGUGUCUGCAUCCAGAGACAAAACACUGAGAGUGUGGGACCUCAAAGAUGAUGGUAUGGGGACAACCUCCUUUUUUUUUUUAGAGUAGCAUUCUUUUAGUCUUGAAUACAAAAUAAUACAGAUGUUUAUCUAUUCCUUUUGUUUUCUUUUUUUCUGUUUUUCUUUCUUCCUUUCUUUCAUUUCUUCCUUUUAUGAAGUGAUAAUACAGUCAUGUGAGCCCAUUGUUUCUCCAUCUGAUGCUGUUGUUGACAGAAGAAAUACCAGCCCAGCCCUUUGAACUGUUAGACCUGUUUGGACAUGUAGGGAAAAUCUCCAGGGGCUCUGACCAGGCUGAACAUAAAGGGUUUAUUUAUGGAGAGUAAAAACAGGUGCCAUGAGGGUCCCUGAUCUGUUGUUUGGUCCAUGAACCUCAAACUGCUGUAUUUCUUUAAAACAAUCACCCUCUGAAACACAUACAGAUCAUGUGGUCUCUGACUUGUGCGCAGGGAGGGAGGUGGGGGCCCUGCAUGGCAUUAGCAGUGUGACCUACAUUCCUCUAAUACAUUGUGGAUGAGUCUGUUAUUACAGCAACACGUGUAUUUGUGGUUUACUGGGAUCUAAUUAAUCUCACCAUAUGCUAAAAUUACGUCUGAGCUCCUGUCAUCUUAAUCCUGAGAAUGGAUCUGAUUACACUCUUUUUUUUUUUUUUUUAUCACUCCCAAAAUAAGCAUGUCAACCUCAUGUUGUAGGGUUAGGUCUUCAACAUGAAACUAUAAAAUUCAUUUUUAAAAAGAUUGUUUUCUUCUCUUUUUUUGAUAAUGUUAAAGAGAGUGAAAGAGGAAAAUAUAGGUCAAGCCAUAAGAAAAGUAUGAAGACCAGUUUUUUUUUCACGACUCAUUUCGUGGGCGUAGUAUAACAGCUCAAUGAAUAAGAUUUUCUGAGUCACUGCUUUGCUUCUUCUCAGGGAUCUACAUUCCUAUCUCUGCUCUUCAUGCGUUUCCACGCUCUGUUCACACCAUGACUUGCUCCGUAGGUUUUGUGUCCACUGUAUAACCUCCUCAGUCUGAUAUGUUUUUGUGUCUUGCAGGGAACAUGGUAAAAGUUCUGCGGGGGCAUCAGAACUGGGUGUACUGCAGCGCCUUUUCCCCCGACUCAUCCAUCCUCUGCUCGGUCGGUGCAGGCAAAGCAGUACGUAUUCAAGUUCCUGUUUACUUUUCUGUGUGUACCUGCUUGUUGUGAGAAGUAAUGCUCAAUCAACCUACAAAUGAGAAAACACUCCCCAUCUGCCCCGCCCUUCAUUUGCACCUUAGAACAAACUAAUGUGCCUGGUGUUAUUAUAAAGUGAGCUACCUGCUUUCAGAUUUUGUUUGUUUCUGUUUGCUACGGAGUAAAAGGCUUUUGGUGUUCUGAAGAUUGCAUGCAGUGCAGUAAACUGUUUACUUAUCAUAUAAAUCUAAUUCUUUGAAAAACUAUGUAUGCUGCAAUGGGGGAGACAAAACUAAAGCUUUAAACUAUUUUGAAGAUAUCUUCCCUGUAACUAUAAGAAGUACGUUGUAAUUCAGACAAGAAAACGUGAAGAGUAUGACCUCUCAUAUCUUCAUGGGUGUAGAUCCCACCUUUACCUACACUGUGAGCAGUAGCUGAAUGUGGACAUGGUGGUAGACUGUUAGGCUGUGUGUGUCCCUACAAAGUGUGUCUUGCUCUCCCUGUCACAGGUGGUGGCAGAGCUCAGUGUGUGAUUGGUUUUGAAGGGAGCGCCGCGCUGACAUUUUGAGCAGCCGGUGUAAACCGGGGACGCACAGUGCACAAUGUCCAAAGGCCUGGCCAGGGGCCACCUGGCACCUGACCCGCCAGGUCAAUCUGUACGUAGGUGCUGCUUCGUGUCUGUCUACCUCUGCUGUCGCAGUUCCUCUAUUUAUUUAAUUUCAGUUUAAAACUGGUUGUUAAGAACUCCCUAUCUCCCCCUUCACCUCCUCACCUCUCUCCUAAACCCAUCUCCGCCCCUCAUCUUUAAAUAGCCCCGCCCCCUUUCUGCACACACAAGCUUCUCUUUGUUAACUGGAUCUUUCACUGUCAACCUUUCCCUCUUAACAUUAAGUUAUGAGAAAUAAUUUCGCCACAGUUUUAACAUCCAACCAGCUUUCCCUCACUUUUUCGUCAACCUGUACGUUAAUCUUUCACCAACUAACUUCUGCCAUGGAGUUGUCGUGCGGAUUUGAGAUAGAAGAAAAAUCAUGGAAUAUACAGAGCGAUGUUCCACUCCCUAAAACAAAUCCAACAAACAGUGAUAUAACUGGCCACGUGUUCCUUUCCAUUAACUCUUCUGUGGCCAUCACAGCUUGUACAAAGAGCUUUUUAAAAGUUUCUGCUGUUGGCAGCAUCAGUGGAACAACAAUAAAUUGUGCUUUUUUACUCGCACGUCAACCAGUCUCAUAUGUGUUAUGAAAACACAGUUUAGAAAUCAGCUCUAGAAAAUGCUGCUUCUGUUUUCGACUUCAGUUGUGAAACUUUUAAAUGAGGAAAUAGCAAGUACAGAGAGAAGGAAGUUAACUCAAAACAGACCAUCAAUCUGCGUUUUACAGUUUUGAAUUUAUUUGAUCAUUUUUAACGCAUUUAUUCACAAAUAAAGUUAACAAAAAACUAAAGUUUCUUCAACACUAACCUCAAAACCAUAACUAGGUGCAGAAGUUACAUAACUGCAUAGCUAUCUGGUGAUAUAUUUACCCUGCAGAAAAAUACAAGUCAACCCUGUGUGACUGUCAGUAGCAAAGGGAUGCCACAGAUGAUUUUGUGUGUAUGUGUGUGUAUGUUAUGUGUAUUUUGCCAGAGGUGUCAAUCCUUUGGCCAUAAAAUAUUCUUUUCUCUUGCAGUAUCUGUCUCUCUUCGUAGGCUUCUGCCGGAGGUGCGAGCCUAUUGUAAUCACUGAACUAAAACUCUGAAAGGGGAAACCAGUGGAGUAACAUUAUGUUACCUUAAGUUACUACUUGUUUUAUUUUCUCUUUUUUGUGUAGCCUCUUCAUGUUAAAAUAGUUUAAAUAUAUUCUUAGUUUAUGUUAUAGUGUAUUAAAACACAUUUAAUGUAAACUUAACUGUUGUAGUGUAUGUGUUUAUAAAAUGUUAAAGAGUUAAACAUAAAUGUGAAUGUAGGUGAAGUGUUGCAUUUUCACAUAGCCUUGCUGCUUGUGUAGCAUGUGCUCUUGUUUGUUUGGCCUUGUUAAAGGUUACAAAGCUUGACAAUACUCUGUUUAAUUCACCUUUAAUUCCUGUUGUAAAUUCAAAUUGUGCAUUCAGUAAUAAUUCAGUAUAAUGUAUCACUUAUACUCCAUAUCAAAUCAAUGCUUGGGCUAUAACAGUUUCCUCUUCCCGUUGCAGGUGCUCUUAUGGAACAUGGAUAAGUACACCUUGAUCCGGAAGCUCGAGGGCCACCACAAUGAUGUGGUGUCAUGUGAGUUCUCACCAGAUGGGGCGCUGUUGGCCACCGCCUCUUAUGACACCCGGGUCAUUGUGUGGGACCACCACAAGGGCACCAUCCUGCUGGAGCUGGGGUAAGAAAUAUUCCCUGACUUCAAAACUAACUAUAUCAACAUCAUACAACACUAACUCACUUGACUUGUCUUCGUUGGUAACGUUAAGCUAGUUGAGUUGACUAGCUCACUAGCUUUACCCGUCUUUAUAAGUAGCUAGUUGUUUUUACUAGCUUUGGUGCCAGUUUUUCUAGUUGUCGUUGAAAGGCUCUACUAGCUCGCUGCACACAGGCAUUGAUACACUCUUUUAUUUUAGGAUUAUUAAUAGCUUUAAUUGUAGAAUUUGCUCUUUUACUAUUUUUGAGUGUUCUCAUUAGCGUUAAAACAACUUUUUAUCAGGUGGAAUAACCAGAUUAAUUUAUGUCUUUCCUCAAAUUUUUAUCUCACUGCCCGAUUAACCAAGCUUUUCUUAAAAGCUUAUUUUUUACUUUUACUAAACGUUGUCUCCACAAGCCUUACUCGUAAUUUAUUCCCAGCUUUGCAUAAAUCUUUUGCUUGUUUUCACUUACUUUGAUUUUCAUUUUCUAAUAGAGUAUGCUCUUUAAAGCGACUUUGGGGGCCUUUUUGCAAAACAGUGGUCAAAAAGUGUUAGUCACGGGAAAUGGUUAGUGCUUAAACAGCAUAAAACGAGCCAUAGAUGAAAAUGUUGAUGGCACAAAAAUUUCUGUCAACAUCUCUGCUGACAUCAGCUUCAGGUGGUUCCUGAUGUAACCAAAGUAUGUACAGAAGAGCUUAUGUUCGACAAGAGUUCAUUUAAUACACCACAUUAAUUGUGUUGAAAGUUAGCUCAUCUACAAACAGGGAGUAUUUGUCUUUAACAUAUGUGUGUUUGCUCUGAUUAAACUCCCUCUUCAUUCUGCAGCCAUCUCUUUCCUCCUCCUUCGCCCAUUUUUGCUGGCGGAGCAAACGACCGCUGGGUUCGCUCUGUGAGCUUCUGCCCUGAUGGCCGCCACAUUGCCAGCAUCACUGAUGACAGGUGAGACUUUAAGAAUAACUUUAUUUAUGUAUUCAUUUAUUUAUCCCCAGAGGGAAAUUCAACCCCAUCCUAUAAAUCCCCUAUACCAGUGGUUCUCAAGUCCAUUCCUUGAGGCCCACUGUCCUGCAUGUUUUCCUGCUUCAACACACCUGAUUCAAAUGAUCAGCUCGUUAUUAGGCCAUUACAGAGCUUGAUAACGAGCUAAUAAUUUGAAUCAGGUGUGUUGGAGCAGGAAAACAUCCAAAACAUGCAGAACAGUGGGCCUUGAUGACUGGACUCAAACCACUGCCCUAUACCAUGAACAUCUGAAAGUUCAUUUUUAAUUCAAUAUUCAAUAAAUAAAUUCAAUAAAAGUCAAUUAAUUUAAAGCCAGGACAGAAAGAGUGUUGAUAACUUUUAUACUCCAAAUGAAUUCUUUUAUCACCCAAUGUUCAUUAAAAGAAUAUACUGUUCAAAUGUAUUUAAAGACAAGUCAAUGUUUGGUGCCGGUCAUAUGAUACGGUAGAGUCACAGGAUACUUUGCGGUAAUGGUUUUCCCCUCCGUUAUUCAGAGGAAUCUUUUUUGUUGGUUUUUACUGGGAAAUGUGAAAGCUCUCGGAGUUCACUUUUCACUUCCUAUUUGCUUUGUGAAAAACAAGAUCUCUGCAGACCUUUAGUGUUAGCCCACAAAAAAAAAAAACACAUUAUCAUGGAAAAUUCAGAUGAUGAUUUUUCAGUUCUGGGAUCUUAUGUGUGUCUCGUGGUUCUCGGGGUUACAUCAGUUCAAGCAUGUUUGAGUAGCAGAUAAAUGACCAAACUGUCUGAAAACGUUUAUUACAAACUGUUCAAAUCCUAACUGAGCAGUGUCGAUGUGUACAUAGCCACAUGUGUUGAGCUGUGUGCCUCUGAUUGGAUGUUUGUUCGCUAAACCCUGUGUCUGACGCCUGUUCGUGCACACGGCAGCAGAAAAGCUCCUCUGUUUGCUGGAGUUUGUUUUUCAAAUCUCGCAGAGAGUCAUGAGCUCUAAUGGAGCGGCUACAUUAGUGUGCUUGGAGAGAUCACAUGACUGUCACAAGGUAGCUAUUAAUCACUCCGACCACUGGCUGACCACAUACUGAACCAUUGGUGGAAAAAUGUGCAGGAGGAAACUGUGGAGGAAAAACAAACCAGAGCAGACCUCCUACUGAAACAUAUCAGGAAAACACAGCGAGACAGAAAUGACCUUUUUUUUAUCCAGCAUAAGGACUGAUUAUGAGGUCUGUGUAGUUGGAAAAGACACAUUGAAUGCCAAAAAAAACAGAGAGAAAUUCAUGUGGCUUGAGUUUAACAAAAGAUUUCGACAGAAAAUUGAUUAUUUUUUCCUGUCUUUUCCCAAUCUUAGUUUUUAGUUAUCAAAAUGUCCUCAUCAGAGUAUCAGACUGGAAAAAAGUUAAAAAUUAAUGCUGUUUGAGAAAAAAAUCUUGUUGGACUCUGCACCCAUUUUUUCCACCAACAGUAUAUUCUUAUAACUGCUGCGAAAGAGCGGUGCUGUUUUUAGCUCUGAACAAGAAUAAGACAGAGGAGGCAGAAGAACAUACUCUCUGUAUUCUUGGAGAGUGCAGAUGCUUGUGCGGAAACAGCCUACCAGAGCAAAAGCAGUCAUUUUUCUCAUUUGCUGUAGUGAAAGUUUAGUGACCAGAUCAUGGACAGUUUAGUGUCCUCACAGUCUUGAAGUAAAAAAUGUCCUCCUCAAAGACAAGCAGCUGUUUCUGCUCUAAGCUAACUGAGGUUCACUUCAUAUUGGAGAAAAUUUAACUAAAAUCACUCUAACUGCAAAUCAAAGUACAAUGAAGGGAUAGAGAUGAACAUUCAAUUUUCUGUAACCAGGUCUGAGGAAAUACAGCUUGUAUUCCAUUUUGCCUUUUUAAAAGAUUUGAGGUUGAUCUACUCUAACAGCACUUCCUCUCUCUCUGUCUUCUCACAGGCUGGUUCGUUUCUGGAGCAUGGAGGAGAGAGCUCCUGAGGCCAUCGCCUCACUGUCCAAUGGCCUCUGCUGUGCCUUCUCUGCUGAAGGAAAUGUCCUUGCUACAGGGUAAGAUACAUUAAGACACAUACUCACACACGUUUCACAUCUCUAUGUCAGACCACCUCAUCAUAUUUCAUAUUUGCUCUUUUUCUUCUCCUCCUCCUCUCUUCUCUAUGUUCAGGACUCGUGACGGCAGCGUGCACUUCUGGGAGAGUCCUCGCAGCGUCUCCAGUCUGCAGCACAUGUGCAGGAUGGCUCUGCGUCGAGUGAUGCCCACACAGCAGGUGGAGGCCCUCGCCAUCCCCACGCCGCUUCGAGACUACUUGAUCUACAAAGUCAUCUAA